GAAGUGUCAGACGCUGUUCUUCUGAAGUUUAACAACUUUUCUGCAUCAGGAUUAAAGUCAGAAUGAAAAUCCUUCAUUUUCUAUUCUUCUGCUUGUUGUCAGAUGCAGGUGUGCAAGUCGAGGCAAAACAUAAUAUCUGGUCUGCAGCUGAAGGAGGAAAUGCGUCGUUUCUCUGCUACUUAACUUUAUCUGGAAGCACAAAGUUUUUCUGUAAGGAAAAAUGUGAGCGAGCAGAAGAUAUCCUCAUUAAAACAGAUGGAAGCACAGCUCAGAGUGGGAGAUACAGCAUUAAAUAUAAAGAUGGAUCUCCAGGAAGCGGAAUUGUGUCUGCGACCUUCACACAUAUGAUCAAGUCUGACUCAGGAAUGUACAGGUGUGCUUUAGGAAGACCUUCUGUUCCAGAUUCAUACUAUGACUUUGAGGUCAGAGUUUCAAAUGAUCUGGGUAAAAGGGUUGGUUUUUAUCGCACACAAACUGAGGGAGAAAACAUCACAUUGGGAUGUUCCAAUACUGUGUAUGGACAGAGGAAGUUCUUUUGCAAGAAUCAGUGUAAGAAUGAAGGCGAGAUCCUCAUUGACACAACUAAUGAUAAAUCUGUGAGUGGCAGAUACAGCAUUGAAUACAGACCAGUAUCCACAUUUGGACUGUAUGGGACCAUCACACAGCUGACCAAGUCAGACACAGGAGAGUACAGCUGUGGUUAUGGAAACCCUCUGUCUCCAGAUUCAUACGGCAGUGUAAAUGUUCUUGUCAUUGAUGCUUCAAACACAACUGCCUCCCCACUACAAACAACAACACAGAGUGAAAGUGUCACUCCAGGAGUCUCUACACAUUGUCCUGACUCCUCCUGGCUUCUGGUUGUGCGUGCGUCCUUGGAUGGUGUUUUGCUGAUGGCUGUUUUCCUCAUGCUCUUCUACAUUAGUAAGACAAGGAGGAACUUUGGACUGAACACCAGAGAAAAUGACACAAAGAUGGAGUUAUUUGCUGCACAUGAGAACUUGGAUCCAACCUCAGAACAUAAAGAGCCCAAACGCAGCAGGACCAAACCUACUCUGCAUUAUUAA